CACUGACAUGCCUUCCGCUAAGAUUUACUACGACGCAGACGCCGAUCUCGGUGUCCUCACGGGCAAGAAGAUCGUCUUCCUGGGCUUUGGUAACCAGGGAGCUGCGCAAGCUCAGAAUCUGCGCGAUACGGGGAUUCCCAACGAGCAGAUCCUCAUUGCGAACCGAGUUGAUUACUAUGCGGAUGACGCAAGGGCGAAGGGCUACACCGUCGAGCACGAUUUCGCAAAGGCAGCGAAGGUCGCAGACGUUGUCUUUAUUCUCAUCCCGGACCAGGUCCAGCCCCGUGUCUUCAACGAACAAUUUGCCCCCAACCUAAAGGACGAUGUGACAAUUGUGGUUGCAAGUGGCUAUAAUGUGUUUUUCAAACUGUUGAAAUUCAAGCCCUCGCAAGACGUUGUCAUGGUUGCGCCCAGGAUGAUCGGCUCGUCUGUGCGGAGUCUGUAUGUUAAGGGCCAAGGAUUCCCCUGCUUCGUUUCCGUCGAGCAGAAUGGCACGGGCAAAGGCCUUGAGUCUGCGCUUGCGCUGUCCCGUGCCAUCGGUGCGACGAAGGCAGGAGCCAUCGCGUCAUCCGUCUAUGAAGAGACUGCUAUGGACUUGUUCGCCGAGCAGGCGCUCUGGCCGAACAUCAUCAUGCUGUUCACGGAGGCCUUCAAUCUCUUGAAAGAAGCUGGAUGCUCGGACGAGGCACUCUGCUACGAGAUGUGGAUGUCAAAAGAGCCCGCUGAGAUCUUCGAGCGCGCAGCAGAGGACGGCUUUGUUGCCCAGCUCAAGCACCACUCCACGGUCUCACAAUACGGUCAGUUGAGCGGUGCGCAAGCCCUCGACGGGACCAGUACACGCGAACACUUCAAGAACAUCUUGUACAACCAGAUUCUCAACGGCAAGUUCUGCGCUGCAUUCAGCAAAAUUGAGCUGGACCUUGAGAAGGAAGGCGACGAGAACCCGUUGAACCAGUUGUACAAGAAGUCGGACGAGUUGGAGCUCGUCAAGGCGGAGAAACGAGUGCGAGCUCGAUUGGCGGAUCUUCUCUAGAGCCAUCGUAUAGAACGUUGGAUGCAGUAGAAUACCAGGAAAAUCGUGUACAAAUAUGAUGUCAGGAUUUGAUUCAUGUCUCCUGGCUC